CGUGCGUCCCGAGAGCGCGCCGUGCCAUGCGCCGCCCGUAGCUUUACCGCCACCAUGCUCGUGCCCCCCGAGAUGAUGGCGGCCCAGUCCAAGCUCGUCUACCAGAUGAAUAAAUACUACAAUGAGCGGGUCGCCAACCGCAAGGCCCAGAUCGCCAAGACGAUCCACGAGGUGUGCCGUAUCGUGCAGGACGUGCUCAAGGAGGUGGAGCUGCAGGAGCCGCGAUUCAUCUCCUCGUUGACCGACUACAACGGCCGCUUCGACGGUCUAGAGGUCGUAUCGCCGCACGAAUUCGAGAUCGUCAUCUAUCUCAAUCAGAUGGGCGUGCUCAAUUUCGUGGACGAUGGCUCGCUGCCGGGCUGCGCCGUGCUCAAGCUGAGCGACGGCCGCAAGCGCUCCAUGUCGCUGUGGGUAGAGUUCAUCACCGCCUCGGGCUACUUGUCUGCGCGCAAGAUCCGCUCGCGCUUCCAGACGCUGGUGGCGCAGGCUUGCGACAAAUGCUCGUAUCGCGACUGCGUCAAGAUGAUCGCCGAGACGACCGAGGUGAAGCUGCGCAUCCGCGAGCGGUACAUUGUGCAGAUAACGCCGGCAUUUAAAUGCGCGGGGCUGUGGCCGCGCUCAGCGGCGCACUGGCCGCUGCCCGCCAUCCCCUGGCCACACCCCAACAUCGUGGCUGAGGUGAAGACUGAGGGCUUUGACCUAUUGUCCAAGGAAUGCCUCGCGCUUCAGGGCAAGAACUCCGCCAUGGAGGGGGACGCGUGGGUGCUGAGCUUCUUCGAGGCCGAGAACCGACUGCUACAAGGUGGCUGCCGGCGCAAGUGUCUCAGCGUCCUCAAGACGAUCCGCGAUAGGCACCUCGACCUGCCCGGCAACCCGGUCACCUGCUACCACAUGAAGACGCUGUUGCUGUACGAGUGCGAAAAGCACCCGCGCGAGCACGAGUGGGACGAGGGCGCGCUGGGCGACCGCAUCAACGGUAUUUUCCUGCAGCUGAUAUCGUCGUUGCAGUGUCGCCGCUGCCCGCACUACUUCCUGCCGCACGUCGACCUCUUCAAGGGCAAGUCGCCGACGGCGCUCGAGAACGCCGCCAAGCAGGUGUGGCGGCUCACGCGCGAGAUGCUUACCAACUCCAGGGCGUUUGAAAAGCUGUGAACGAGCGCGCUCUAUUCCUACAGUUAGUUCUAAGUGGAGUGAGUGAACUAGUGAUUACCGAGUAUAUUAUUCGCUCUCGAGUCAUUUAUUUAGUAUUUGCGCGAUGCGGUAGUGCGGUAGUGCGGUAGUGCGGUAGUGCGGUAGUGCG